AUGUUGGACUCCACGGCUAUUCUAACUCUGGCCUUCUUCAUCACGGCAGCGUACUACGCACUCAACGGCUGGUACUCACGCUCGCAAAACCUACCUCCAGGUCCCCGUCCGUUGCCAAUCAUAGGCAAUGCACAUCAGAUGCCGCUGGAGUACGGCGAGAAGACCUUCGCCGAGUGGUCUUCUCAGUACGGCGAUGUCAUCUUUGUGAAGGUGUUCCAUCGGCCAAUCAUCCUCCUAAACUCUGCGCGAGCGGUGCGCGAUCUCAUGGAGAAACACAGCCUGAAGUGCUCCGGCAGGCCACCGUCCGUCUUGCUCUCCGAGCUGUCGGGGUGGGGAGACGUGCUGGCAGUGAUGCAGAUGAGCGAGCGGCUCCGAAAGCAUCGACGAUGGCUCCACUCCGUCCUGUUCGCCGAAGGCGCACUUGACAAGUUUCGCUCUGUCCAACGGAGAGAAGUCGAUGUCCUCCUCGCCUCUCUGCUACACGCGCCGGAUGAGUUGACCGCAUCGCUGAUGAUGGAGUCCAUCUAUGGACAUACUGUUACCUCGGACGACGACGAGUACCUGCAUUAUGCAGAGGCAGCGCUGAAGGGCACGACAGAGGUCGCGUCGCCUGGCGCGGCUAUCGUGGAUAUCUUACCCUUCCUCCGCCACAUACCGAGCUGGAUGCCCGGCGCGGGAUUCAAACGCGAGGCUGCGAAAGUGAAGGUGUCCAUCGAGGAAGCGCAUGUGAAGCCGUACGAGAUGGUCGAGAGAGCAAUGGCCGCGGGAGACGAGAAGCCAUCACUCGUGCGGAACCUCAUCGACGAGUACAAGCAUAAGGCGACGUUAGCCGAAGAACGUCGCGACAUCAUGAGCGCAGGAGCCGUGAGCUACAUCGGUGCGCGCUUUCAGCUAUCAUACCCAGCUGGCGUCGACACGACGAAGACUGUCCUUCUGAACUUCAUCCUGUGUGCUGUCCUGUUCCCCGAAGCGUACACCAAAGCUCAGGAAGAGAUCGAUCGCGUCGUCGGCACCGCCCGGUUGCCCGACGUCCCGGACAGAGAGGCGCUGCCUUACCUCGACUGUUUCUUGAAGGAAGUCUACCGAUGGAAUUGCCCUGUACCUUUAGGGGUCCCACACGCGCUGAGCGAAGACGACGAGUACCGAGGGUGGUACAUACCGAAGGGAUGCAUGGUCAUUCCCAAUCUCUGGCUCAUGACGGUGGAUGAAGAGGUAUACCCUGAGCCUUCCGCCUUCCGCCCAGAACGCUUCCUGGGCCUCUCCGGGGAAGAGGCGGAACAGUUGGAUCCUCGUAACAUCGUUUUCGGUCACGGAAGGCGAAUUUGCCCGGGUCGUCGGUUCGCGGACGUCAGCGUCUGGCUUGCCGUGGCGAACAUCGUCGCGGCAUUUGACAUCCGGAAAGCACGAGACGCAGGUGGAAAGGAGAUCACGCCCCCGCUAUCAUUUGUUCCUGGUGCAGUGAGGUGCCUGAUCACGCCGCGCAUGCAGGCUACGGACAUUCUGGCUGGCUUGAGCUUGAGUUGA